CUUCUCCGGUUGAGCAACAGCAGGAACAGGGGGAGGAAGUGAAACCGCAUUGUUUUAAAAAGACUGCUUGAAACCUGCCUUUUGUCACCAGCCGGGGCUCCCUCUGAAACUGCAGGAGAAGGCAUGGGGGUCACCCAGUCCUUGGGGCUGCCCCAUGGCAAAGGAUCGUUCCCUGUCAGCUGCACGGACGUGAUGGUGGGCCAGACGCAAAAGGGCCUCUUCUUCCGCUUAUUUUACCCCUGCCUCCCUUGCGAUAGAGCAGAGCAGCCCAUCUGGAUCCCCCGCUACGAGUACUACUGUGGGCUGGCGGACUACAUGAACAUGAAUCGGAAAUGGUGUGCCCCGCUGCUCAGCGUAACCUUUGGGUCGUGCAGAGUCCCCGUGAGCUGGGAUGCUCCGUUUAGACCGAGCGGCCACAAAUACCCGUUGAUCAUAUUCUCCCAUGGAUUAGGAGCUUUUCGAACGGUGUAUUCUGCCAUCUGUAUUGAAAUGGCUUCACGUGGGUUUUUGGUGAUGGCACUCGAGCACAGAGACCAUUCUGCUUCCGCCACUUACUUCUGCAAGCUUGAACCCGAAGCGCCAGACUUCCCCGAGUCUCAGGUGCAGGAAGAAUGGCUUGCGUAUCGAGGGGUACCGAAAGAUCAGAAGGAGUUUCGCUUCCGAAACCCACAGCUGCAUCAAAGAGCCAACGAGUGCAUUCGAGGGCUCAAGUUCAUCCGGAGCAUCAACGGCGGCAAGGCAGCCACCAACCUCUUACGCACCGACUUUGACCUGUCUGCGCUGAAGGACAAUGUGGACCUGACCAAAGUUGCUGUCAUGGGACACUCUUUCGGAGGAGCGACAGCCAUUCUAGCCCUCGUUAAAGAAGCUCAGUUUAAAUGUGCCGUCGCCCUCGACGCCUGGAUGUUCCCGCUGGAGAACUCCCUGUACCCAAAAGUGACCAAGCCCGUGCUUUUUGUCAACACAGAAGAAUUCCAGACUGAGGAAAGCGUGGCCAAAAUGAAAAAGAUCGCCACCACCAGCAACGAGUCCAAGAUUAUAACGAUCUUGGGUACUGUCCACCAGAGCCAGACUGAUUUCACCUUCCUUGCGGGGAAUCUCGUGAACAGAGUCUUCAAAACGAGAGGCACCAUUGAUCCCUACGAAGGCCUCGACCUCACCAACCAGGCUGCUCUCGCCUUCCUGCAGAAACAUCUCCAGCUGAAAGAAGACUUUGACAAGUGGGAUAAUCUUCUGGAAGGUGUUGGUGACUUCAUUGUUCUGGACAGCCCUCUACAGAAGUCCAGCCUCUAGACACAAAAUGUUCUCUUUCUUUCUUAAGGUCCUUUGGGGCAUUCUCUGUUUUCUCCCAACUUGGGGGUGGGUGGGCGGAGAACUCUAUACAAUAGCUGUCCAGAUUCAAGGCCUUCUAACAACCUCAUGGUGGAUACACUGCUGAGACAUUCCUGCUGUCAUGAAGGUUCCCUAGACAUUCUCCUUAUUCCUUCAAGAAUGCAGUCAUGGGAGGUGAUCAGAAAUGGGCUGAUUUAUCUGCUUCUCUAUGAUGGCAGGGAGAAUAGACAUAACCAUUCUUCAAGGGGAGACCAGUCUUCAAGGACAUUCUCUUGUGGGGCAGUUUGUGGCCAAAAGCACAGUGGUCACCUAAGCUCUGGGUUGAAUGUCCCCUUCGAUAGCAAACUUUGCCAACUUACAUUCAAGGAAAAAAAUCAGUAAGGUGCGUUUUGAGUUGUGAAAUUGCAGCAGCUUUCUGAAUGGGGGCGGGGAACGCAUUUCCUCAACAGUAUAUUGUUCUCUGUUGUAAUGCAAAGUAUUUGGGGGUGGCUUGGUCUUGAAUGGGCAAUGAAGACCCAGUAGCUUUGCAAAAGCCCCUGCUACUGGUGCAGAGGAAAUGGAUAGAACAGUUGGUUGGUAUGGAUCAGCACAGCUGCCUGAAACUGAGGACUCUCCUUGGGGGUGUGGCUAUGGGGAUUGUCACGGUGAGCAUCUGCACUUCAAACUGUACCAGCCCAGUGCUGCCUAGGCCUCAAAUACACUACCACCACCAUCAUCACCACCCUUACCCAUUGCUCAGUACUGUAGAUCUCUUGCUAUGUGCCCUGUUCCUAAAUUCUGCCAGGUCCUGUACAGCACUUGUUUGAAAACAAAGAAAGAGGUGCUAAUUUG